CGAUUUCAACCAAUGGUAUAAUACGUCAAAUGCACGGAGUAUUUUUUUCAUAUUACAAUUUGUUGUAAAUAAACGAAUGACAGAAAUGCGACUGACUGUGAAAUUGCACAAGAAAACACAGCCAAAACAGACCCUCUAAUACUCGAGUCUAUUUUGAGAUUGAUGUCAUACCUACCCUUGACUUGCCAGUCCCUAAACUCAGAGUUGGACCACAGAGGGAGCUUGUGGCCAAUGCCACAGGUACAGGCUACCCUAAGAAGUGCCAUCAGGAAGAGACGUCUUUAAGAACACACAACCUCUCUUGUCUCUGCAUGAAGGUUGGACCGAAGAGGCCGUGACUAAGGAUUUGAAACCAAUCAUGUCAGAGUUAAAUAAGGAGGUGGUAGAUUUGGUUUGGGGGAAACCGUUAGGGGGAGGAGUUUCGACUUCUAUCUUCCGGAGAUGGUCUCAAGGGUAUGUUUUUAGUGAGCAUGAGCAGACAGCUCUGAAGCAGUUUGAAGGAGGACCUUGUGCUGUGAUUGCACCUGUCCAAGCUUUCCUGUUAAAGAACAUUCUUUUUAACAGAGAAAGUUCCAACUGGAGACAAAUGUCAGAAGAGGAGCAGAAGAUGGCCCUGUGUUCGACACUAACGGAAAUCCUUGAGUCUGCCUGUGCCAGCCCCUCCACAGGGUUCUGUCUGGUGACCUGGGCCAAGGGACAGAGCCCACACACUAGCAUGCUUUCUAAGACCCAGACACAGUCUCAGACACAGGGCAUGCCAAAACCCGAGAGCAGCCAGUCACCACAGGAACAGCAACCAACUGCUUUGGCUGCUGAGGACCUUGGCUUUGAACAAUUUCACAGUGUUCUUCACAAGCGAACUGUCCUGUCAGUGUCUGAUCUCAGAGAGGAGGUGCUGUCCCUCUACCAUUCCUGGAGGGGGUGCUGUGGGGUUUUGCUUUUCCUUUACUCUGUCAUCCUCACUAAGGGCAUAGAGAAUAUUAGAAAUGAAAUCCAGGACCCAACAGAGCCCCUUAUAGACCCCAUUCAUGGUCAUGGAAGUCAGAGCCUGGUGAACCUUCUUGUAACUGGCCAUGCUGUCUCUAAUGUGUGGGAUGGAGACAGGGAAUGCUCUGGCAUGAAGCUGCAUGGGAUUCAUAAACAAGCAUCUGUUGGCUUCCUGACGCUUAUGGAAUCGCUGCGCUACUGCAAGGUUGGGACAUUCCUCAAAUCUCCAAAGUUCCCUAUUUGGAUUCUUGGCAGCGAAACGCAUCUCUCUGUGUUUUUCACCAAGGAGAUGUCGCUGGUUGGCCCAGAAUCUGCAUCAGAACAGGCAAGAAGGGUUUUCCAGUCAUUUGAUCCUGAAGAUAAUGGCUUCAUACCAGAGUCUCUGUUGGAGGAUGUAAUGAAAGCUCUUGACCUUGUCUCAGAGCCUGAAUACGUCAGCCUGGUGAAGAGUAAGCUUGAUCCAGAGAACUUGGGCAUAAUUCUUCUGGGUCCUUUUCUCUUGGAGUUUUUCCCAGAUCAGGAUUCAGGAAUCCCAGACUCAUUUCCCAUCUACCACUACAAUGGGCUUAAACAAUCCAACCACAAAGAGAGGGUUGAAUACGUGGAGGGGACAGUUUUGGUUCUGGGCUUUGAAGACCCAAUGGUUCGCACUGAUGACACUCCAGUGAAGCGCUGCCUGCAGACUAAAUGGCCCUACAUUGAGCUGCUGUGGGCCACCAACCGCUCACCUUCACUAAACUAGCACUUAAACAUUUGGUGUGGUUUUGCAUGUGGUCGGACCACUGCUGCCCCCCCGCCACAUGGCCCUUCUCAGCUUCCUCUGUGUACACUGACCACAAGUCAGCAGACUGCAGAGACUGACGCACAUGCAACAGAGACUUAUAACAACAAAAUAAACUUAAUGCACACAGGAGACAAACAUGUUAAUGGCCGAAUCACUGAAGCCUGAGAUCCAUUUUUUUCAUCUACAUUCACACAUUCUACACAAAUGCAAUCUCGAUUGUAUGUAAGACACACAAUGUUUGUGAUCCGAUCAUUUUAAAAAAAAAAGUGCAGCUUCGUUUUUUUAACAGCCUUGUGCUGUGCUGAUAACUUCUGCUACAGUUUAGCGGCACACAUGUAAACACUGUUUAGAAAGCCGAAUUUGGUUCAACAAGGGUGUUGUGAAAUGUUACACUGUACCACAUGUGGAACCAGUCGACUGUGAAACCCUAAUCUUAUCCCAGAGCUACAGGACUGUUCAAGGACAAACUUACCAAAGUUUUCAGUAAUGAGAACACAGAGAGAAUCACACACCCACCAACAGCCACAUCCACUGCUCAGAGUUUACAGCAUUAAAGGGACCAGCGCAGAAGGAGGGAUCCUUCCUGGAGGAUUUCAGCAUUUUAACCAAGAUGAAGUUGGUAUAGGUGCCAAGUGGGAGCUUUAUGCAUUACACUGGGAUGUUGGCUAAGUGCUUGUAUUUAUUAUAACAAUCAAAGGUUCUGGAAUAAACAUGGAUUGUUUUUUUU